UCGCAGCAAGAACAAGUUCAUCCAUCUGCCGAGAACUGGGAGAAACUACCAUGGCUCGUGUGAGAACUUCAUCCAUGUCACUGCUGCUGCUGCUGAGUCUGGUGGCUCUCGUGAAGGCAGGAAUCAUAAUCCCACAAAGUCCAGGCUGCCCGCAAACUGAGGACAAGAACUUCCCGCAGCACGUGAGGGUCAACCUAAGCAUCCUGAACCGGAACACGAAUUCCAGAAGACCCUCCGAUUACUACAAACGCUCCACCUCACCCUGGACUCUCCAGCGCAACGAGGACCCUGAGAGGUACCCCUCUGUGAUCUGGGAGGCCAAGUGCAGCCACCAGGGCUGUGUCAAUGCUGAAGGGAAGGUAGAUCAUCACAUGAACUCCGUCCCCAUCCAGCAAGAGAUCUUGGUCCUGCGAAGGGAGCCUCGGCAGUGCCCCCACUCCUUCCGGCUGGAGAAGAUGCUGGUGGCCGUGGGCUGCACCUGUGUCACCCCCAUUGUUCGCCAUGUGGCUUAAGAGCUUCCGGUCUGACCCCUACUCCCCAAAUCAGUUAGGCUUUCUGGGGAGUAGACCCAGCCCCAUUUCUGAUCAAAAUCACCAGGAUUCUCAGUUUAUCCAAUGGAAACUCCAGAGGGAACACUGGUUCAGAGAUGGAAUCUGAACCUUUUUUCCCUUUCCCCAAGGAGGAAGUUUUAGACUGAGUACCAAUUUGCUUCUUGUUUGCUUUUCUAAGAGCUCUAAGUUAUUUAUGUAUUUAAUAGGCCCUGAGAUAAUUUUGGGGCAUAAGAUUCCACUUUAAUGAAUUACAUGCCUUAUUUUUUUGUAUUUUUUUAAAGACAAGUUUCCAGACUUGGAAAUUUUAUUAUUUAAAAGGUAAAACCUAUAUUUAUAUGAGCUAUUUAUGGAUCUAUUUAUGUUUCUUAAGUCUUUAGAGAAAGGUGAAAUAUUUGAGUAUCUGUACUGCCUAGGGAAAUCCUAGAUAGGAUUAAAUAGCAGUUGAAAUUUUCUGAAUUCAUACUGCAUGUGGCUAUAGGAUUUUCUCCUCAUUGUCUCUUAGGAGUGCAUGACAUGGCUGAAAAGAAAGACUAAACCUAAUUUCAUAUUUAUUAACUUAAUUUUAUAAAUUGUUGAAGUUUCACAAGAGAGAUGGCAAGUCUAACUCUGCUCUGUUAAACUCUUGUAAUAAAAACUUGUAAUAAUAAAGUUUGCGAAGAAAA